CGAGCUCUCGAAGAGCUUUUCUCAUGAAACAGCAUUCAAUUUACGGAAGGUCCCAUACCACCAAAAUCGGGACAAUUAAUGGGCAAACAAGAAAAAUAUGCUCUUGGGACCUUCCGUAAAUUCAAUGUUGUUUCAUGAAAAAAGUUCUUAGAGAGCUCGAAGACGUCUCAUUUUGUCCAGAAAUCUUUGCUCUAUUCGAAUAAACUAAUGGUAAAAAGUUCAAUUAUAUUUGUACACAAGAAAGUCAAUAAAUACACAGGGGGUAAGUUUUUUUUGGAUCACCCUAUAUAAUAGUAGAUUCUAUUUUGAUUUAUACUCAAUUUUAUCAUAAUUUUGUUUUCUAGUGUUCACGAUGAUUAUUCAAAAGUUGAAGACUUGUAUAUUCGUAACCACGAUAUUUUUGAAUUUAUUUAUUGUCGUUUUCCAAAUGUUUUAUCGUUAACGAUUGCUAAUAGUACUUUUAGAAGUCAAACAAUUGUUCAAGAUUUAUCAAAAUUAGUCAAAUUAUCUCAAAUUAAACAUUUGGAUAUAUUCGAUCAGAUUGAUUGGUGUACAGCAUCUAAAUUAAUUUCAUCAUUACCUAAACUAGAAUCAUUGACUAUAACUUUUAAAGAUUUAGCUAUUAUUCUUAGUUAUACACAACUCUAUUUACAUUUGGCACAAAUUCGUAAAGUAGUUAUUGAUCGUUUUCCAUUUAAAGCAGGACCUUUAGUCAAUACAUUUUGUAGAGUAUUUUAUAAAUUAAUUCAACUUGAACUUGAUAUUAAUUCUUUCGAGGAUUUUGAACAGAUUAUACCGGUCAUAUUAAGACGCUUAAGAAACCUACAAUACCUGACCAUUUCACUUCGUAAACACAAACAGUGCUUUAGAACCGUAUAUCAUUUUCAGAAAUGGUUGAGAUAUAAUACAACACUAAACAAUUUUCGCGUAGAUAUUGAUCAAAAAGGGUUAUAUAUUUGGACAGGUUAA